UCUCCUCUCUGUCUUUCUUGCUCUCUCUUUUUCUUUUCUUUCUUUUCUUCUUUAAUCUCUUUUCUCUUCCACUCCAGGCCAUGUGAAGUGCAUCCAGGAGGGCUGUCUAGAGCGAGGGUGGACUUUGAGUGCAGAGAGGAGGUGGAGCUCUAAGGAGGAACCUACAGGCUGUCCCUGUCUUUCAGCAAAUUGCAUCCGGUCUGAGCUUCACUUUACAACCCUGAUUAGAAACCAGUUUGAUCACACUGGAUCUUUUAACCAUUUGUCUGUGGCUAGAGAUCAUAACUUCAUCUUUGUUAAGAGCCCACUGCCUAGAACAUUUAUUUAAUGUUAGAGCUCAAAACACCCUACUCCCCUCUCCCCAUCUUCUUUAGUGCCUUCAGUCUUUUUCAAACCCUAGCUCCAGCCUAAUAAGUAACACAUUAACUGGGUUUUCCUAUUUAUCUAUCCUCUUGCAUUGCUUCUCUGAGUCAGAGCCUCUUCUCUCUAAGUCACUGGAACUGCCCUUGAUACUUGUGACCUGCCCUAUACUCAGCAGUUUUUGUUCUGGGAAGCCCUGGGAUUCUGCUAAUACCUAUCACUGUAGGUGCUGAAUGGAAACAGAUAAAGAACAUGACCUCAAGGAGCUUCCUGUCAAUGAGAAGACCAAGCUGACGCCUGGCAAAGAUAUUAAAGAGGAGCCAGAAACUGUUCCUUGGACAUCUUCUGAGUGUCAGAAAAUACCUUCUGGAGGGUUAGAAGAUCAGGGGACAUGGUUGUUCACAUUUGCUGCUGUGGAACACUGCCAGUCUUCACUUGGAAACAGAAUCACACCUUGUGAAGAGAUCAUCCCUAAGCAGGAGAGAAGCUACUAAAGGAGCUUCCUGGUCUUCAUCGGACAGUGAAAUUUGUUUGGGAGUCCAAACAAAAUAUAAAAGAGCUGUAAUACUUCCUGUAUUGUAUUUCAAAGGAUUGUGUCCUCCUCCUCCUUCCCUGUGCUCGGUCUCCACCUGUCUCCCAUUCUGUGACGAUGGUUCAGCGGAAGAGACUCUGCCAGCAGCAUUACUUGUGGGUCCUGGGCUGCUAUAUGCUGCUGGCCACUGUGGCUCUGAAACUUUCUUUCAGGUUGAAGUGUGACUCUGACCAGUUGGGUCUGGAGUCCAGGGAAUCUCAAAGCCAGUACUGUAGGAAUAUCUUGUACAGUUUCCUGAAACUGCCAGCAAAGAGGUCUAUCAACUGUUCAGGGGUCACCCGAGGGGACCAAGAGGCAGUGUUUCAGGCUAUUCUGAAUAACCUGGAGGUCAAGAAGAAGCGAGAGCCUUUCACAGACACCCACUACCUCUCCCUCACCAGAGACUGUGAGCGCUUCAAGGCGGAAAGGAAGUUCAUACAGUUCCCACUGAGCAAAGAAGAGGUGGAGUUCCCUGUUGCAUACUCCAUGGUGAUUCAUGAGAAGAUUGAAAACUUUGAAAGGCUACUGCGAGCUGUGUAUGCCCCUCAGAACAUAUACUGCGUCCAUGUGGAUGAGAAGUCCCCAGAAACUUUCAAAGAGGCAGUCAAAGCAAUUAUUUCAUGCUUCCCAAAUGUCUUCAUAGCCAGUAAGCUGGUUCGGGUGGUUUAUGCCUCCUGGUCCAGGGUGCAAGCUGACCUCAACUGCAUGGAAGACUUGCUCCAGAGCUCAGUGCCAUGGAAAUACUUCCUGAAUACGUGUGGGACGGACUUUCCUAUAAAGAGCAAUGCCGAGAUGGUCCAGGCUCUCAAGAUGUUGAAUGGGAGGAAUAGCAUGGAGUCAGAGGUACCUUCUAAGCAGAAAGAAACCCGCUGGAAAUACCACUUUGAGGUAGUGAGAGACACAUUAUACCUAACCAACAGGAAGAAGGAUCCUCCCCCUUAUAAUUUAACUAUGUUUACAGGGAAUGCGUAUAUUGUGGCUUCCCGAGAUUUUGUCCAACAUGUUUUGAAGAACCCUAAAUCUCAACAACUGAUUGAGUGGGUAAAAGAUACCUAUAGCCCUGAUGAACACCUCUGGGCCACCCUUCAGCGUGCAUGGUGGAUGCCUGGCUCUGUUCCCAACCACCCCAAGUACGACAUCUCAGACAUGACUUCUAUUGCCAGGCUGGUCAAGUGGCAGGAUCUUGAGGGAGACAUCGAUAAGGGUGCUCCUUAUGCUCCCUGCUCUGGAAUCCACCAGCGGGCUGUCUGUGUUUAUGGGGCUGGGGACUUGCAUUGGAUUCUUCAAAACCAUCACCUGUUGGCCAACAAGUUUGACCCAAAGGUAGAUGAUAAUGCUCUUCAGUGCUUAGAAGAGUACCUACGUUAUAAGGCCAUUUAUGGGACUGAACUUUGAGACACACUAUGAGGGCAUUGCUACCUGUGGGGCAAGAGCAUGUACAAACAUGCUCAGAACUUGCUGGGACUGUGGGUGGGAGACCAGGGCUUUGCAAUUCGUGGCGUCCUUUGGGAUAAGAGGGCUGCUAUUAGAGCGUGGGUAAGUAGAUCUGUUGCCUUGCAAAUUGCUACCUGGGUGAAUGCUGCUUGUUCUCUCACCCCUAACCCUAGAAGUUCCUCCACUAACUUUCUCACCAAGUGAGAAUGAGAACUGCUGUGAUUGGGAGAGUGAAGGAGGGAUAUGUGGUAGGGCACUUGAUUUCAGUUGAAUGCCUGCUGGUAGCUUUUCCAUUCUGUGGAGCUGAUGUUCCUAAUAAUUCUAGGUUUGGUAGCGUGGAGGAGAACUUUGAUGGAAAGAGAGGCUUCCCUUCUGUACUGUUAACUUAAAAACAAAUAGCUCCUGAUUCAAAGUAUUACCUCUACUUUUUGCCUAGUAUGCCAGAAAUAAUAUAAAUUUAAACAGAUAAAGUGUGUGAGACUUUUUCUCAUAACUAUUCAUGACAUUUAAAAUCCCUAGGGGCUGGCAAGAGAGUUCUCAUUAUUCUGAAAUGGUCCUGACAAGCUGCAUGAAUAGCAAUUAUUUUUUUUUUGAGACAGAGUCUUGCUCUGUCACCCAGGCUGGACUGCAGUGGUGCAAUCUCAGUUCACUGCAACCUCUGCCCCCCGGGUUCAAGCGAUUCUCCCACCUCAGCCUUCUGAGUAGCUGGGACUACAGGCAUGCAGCACCAUGUCUGGCUAAGUUUUGUAUUUUUAGUAGAGACUGGGUUUCACCAUAUUGGCCAGGCUGGUCUCGAACUCCUGAUCUUGUGAUCUGCCUGCCUUGGCCUUCCAAAGUGCUGGGAUUACAGGUGGGAACUACCGCGCCUGGCCUAUGAAUAGCAAAUUCUAAUGAAGACGGGAACAGGGCUGGUUCUUCCAUUGUUAAAAGCCAUCUUCAUUUUGUUUAUAUUGCCAGGUUCGUGACUUUUCUGUAAAGGAAAACGCAGGGUGAUUUAACCAGUUUGACCACCUGUAUUCUUAUAGGAAAAUCGCAGCACUAAUUCUAAUUUUGUCCGCUUCACAAAGCUUAGCUAAUGUUCCAUAAAGGAGACAAUAGCCAGUCAGGUAAGAUAAUGUGUAAUUUAUUAUUCAAAGUGGAACGUGUUUUUGUAGGGGGAGAGUCUGCACUAUUAAUAAUUGUAUUGAGAUAUAAAAAUAAACUAGGACUAUUUAG